AUGUUGCUGAGGAUAGAGGAGCAUGCUGGGAAGGGGUGGGGCUGGACCGUACUGGACGUGCUCGGGGAGGACGACACAGAACCGUACUUCAUUGCCAUCUUCUGCUUUGAGUCGGGAAUCAAAAUCCUGGCUCUGGGCUUCGCCUUCCACAAAGGUUCCUAUCUGAGAAACGGCUGGAACGUCAUGGACUUUGUUGUGGUGCUCACAGGGAUCUUGUCCACAAUAGGCUCAGAGUUUGACCUGCGGACACUCAGAGCAGUCAGAGUGCUCAGACCACUUAAACUGGUGUCUGGGAUUCCCAGUCUACAGGUGGUGCUCAAGUCUAUCAUGAAGGCCAUGAUCCCACUGCUGCAGAUUGGCCUGCUGCUCUUUGUGGCCAUCCUUAUGUUUGCCAUUAUAGGCCUGGAGUUCUACAUGGGCAAGUUCCACAAGACCUGCUUCAAUAAUGUCACGAAAGAGAUAUAUGACAAGCAGCCGUGUGGGGAGGCGUUGCCAGCGCGAUUGUGCCCCGAGGGCACCGUGUGCCAGGAGUACUGGAUCGGACCCAACUAUGGAAUCACGCAGUUCGACAACAUCCUGUUUGCCGUGCUCACUGUCUUCCAGUGCAUCACCAUGGAGGGCUGGACCGACAUGCUGUACUUUAGCAACGAUGUCUCAGGGAGUGCCUACAACUGGAUGUACUAUGUCCCCCUCAUCAUCAUCGGCUCCUUCUUCAUGCUCAACCUGGUGUUGGGUGUGCUGUCCGGGAGCUCCCGGCACUCUAGUGCCCUCCCCCUCUGUGUGUACUCCACUUCCUCGUCCACUUCCUCGUCCACUUCCUCCUCCUCCAUAAGCUCCCUGACAGAGGCCAUCUGUGUGCUCGCAGAGGAGGUCCUUCUGUCUGAAGACGACAAAAACCCAGGGAACAAAUAUGAUGCCAAGCGGCGGAACACCAUCAAGAAGACUAAAACAGACCUGCUGAACCCAGAGGAAGGAGAGGACCACUUAGGAGAUGCUGUUGGUGAGCGGCUUUUAGACACAGUUCCAUCCAACAGGACUUCCACUCCAACAGCUCUCCGUUCGGCAAAGGCGACAGCACACAGUUCAACAAUGGAGCGGCGGCGUCUGCGAUUUUUUCAUCCCGUAAAAUCGAAAGGCCUGUGAGCCUUCUACUGGACAGUGCUCAGUCUGGUGGGCCUCAACACGCUGUGCGUGGCCGUGGUGCACUACGACCAGCCCGACCUCCUCUCCGACUUUCUCUUUUAUGCGGAGUUUAUCUUCCUGGGCCUCUUUAUGUCGGAGAUGCUGAUAAAGAUGUACGGACUGGGGACUCGGCCUUACUUCAACUCCUCCUUCAACUGCUUCGACUGCGGCGUUAUUAUAGGCAGUAUCUUUGAGGUGAUCUGGGCAUCCAUAAAGCCAGGCACAUCUUUUGGCAUCAGUGUCUUACGAGCUCUCCGACUCCUGCGCAUCUUCAAAGUGACCAAAUACUGGGCUCCGCUGCGUAACCUGGUGGUCUCCCUGCUCAGCUCCAUGAAGUCCAUCAUCAGCUUGUUGUUCCUACUCUUCCUCUUCAUCGUGGUCUUCGCUCUACUGGGCAUGCAACUUUUUGGAGGACAGUUCAACUUUGAAGAUGGCACUCCCCCAACCAACUUUGACACGUUUCCAGCAGCCAUCAUGACUGUCUUUCAGAUCCUGACCGGAGAGGACUGGAACAUGGUGAUGUAUGAUGGUAUCGAGUCCCAAGGGGGUGUGAACUCAGGCAUGGUCUUCUCCAUCUUCUUCAUAGUGCUCACACUCUUUGGCAACUACACACUGCUUAAUGUAUUCUUGGCCAUCGCCGUGGACAACCUGGCCAAUGCUCAGGAGCUAACCAAGGACGAGCAAGAGGAGGAGGUGGCCACCACUCAGAAGAUCGCCCUUCAGAAGGCCAAGGAGGUGGCUGAAGUGAGCCCCCUCUCUGCUGCCAACCUCUCCAUAGCUGCAGUUUCAGUAAAAACUGAGCGUAUCGAUGCCACAGAGAGUGUACUGGACUGCAAGGAAAAGCAGAAGAACUCGAACCAGCCCAAGUCGGUGUGGGAGCAGCGCACAGCUGAGAUCCGCCGUCAGAACCUGAUGACCAGCAAAGAGGCGCUCUAUAAUGAGCUGGACGCUGACGACAGCUGGAAGGUGAACUACCGCCAGAACCGAACCGACGUGAAGACCCACCUGGACCGCCCGCUGGUGGUGAACCCGCAGGAGAACCGCAACAACAACACCAACAAACCUCGGCCUGGCGAGCCACCCGAGCAGGCGCCCGACUACAGCCAGCCCUGCCUGCGCCAGCCAGCCCGCUAUGCGCCCGCCGGCGGGAGAACCGGAGGAGCCGGACCUGCCGCGGGCGGGCCGCACCUGGCCCGCAGCCUGCAGUCCCUCCAGGAGGAGGCCGAGGAGGAGGAAGGCGGGGAGGAGGGGGGUGGCGGUGGAGGCGGACGACGUCACCACCACCACCACCACCACCACCCCCAUCACCACCGGCACCAGCACCCAUGGCGGCGGCGGCGAGAGAGCAGCAGCGGACCCGCGCCAGCACGGGGCUGGACAGAGGCGAGGAACAGUCUUGGCGGCCAGGAGAGGGAGCACAGGAGGCAUCAUGCGACAACAGCGAGGGCAGGAGGAGGUGUGCGGCAGCACCGCAAGAAGGAGUGCAGUCUGUCCACCUCCCGCCCCAUCCAGCAGACUCUGUUCCGCCAGGACAGCCAGUACAGCGAGGACCUGGACAACCUGCGCAACAGCAGCCGGCUCUUCCUGGACCAGGAGCCCGAGGACGACAGGGGUGACCUUGACCUUGACCUCCGCGACCCCUUCUACAGCCACCCCGAGCAGGCCAACAACCUGCUCAACAUGCGCGGCCCCAGCGGCACCGAGCUCCAGCUGCUGGACGGAAGCGGCGGCAGCCUCAUCUUGACCGACCCCAGCAAGACGCCGGCGCAACUAGACCAUACGACCAUCCACAUGCCCGCACUUUACCCCAGCACCAUCCUGCAGGUGAACCAGAACGCCAAUACCGAGGGCAACAAGAAAGACGAGGAGAAGAAGGAGGAGGAGGGUGAUGAUGAAGGGGAUGGGGAUGGGCCCAAACCCAUGCCACCCUUCAGCUCCUGUUUCAUCCUUUCCACAACCAACCCGUUCCGUAAGUGCUGCCACUACAUCCUGACCCUGCGCUACUUUGAGAUGUGCAUCCUGUCCGUCAUCGCCAUGAGCAGCAUCGCCCUGGCAGCCGAGGACCCCGUGUGGCCCAGUCGUAAGCCUUAA